AUGGGAGUCUUGUGCGCAUUGGCAUCAGGAGCAGUAUGGCCAGUCUUCAACUAUAUCUUCAGUGCCAUAUUAGCAUUUAUGAUGGAUCCAGUAGCCAACGAUGCAAAAUUGAACGAUUAUUGCCUGUACAUGGAACUAAUAGCAAUUGCAGGAGGAGUGAUGACCGCUGCCUUUACAUUCGCCUUCGGUUUGGCAAGAGCCAUAUCAAUUAGAUUAGCCACUGAUGCUUUCCAACUAAACAACAUGGUCUCAGGUGUGAUAGGAGUUAUGUGUCUCAAUAUAGCUACAGUCAGCAUUUCUCUAGCUUUAGGCUUCUACUACUCUUGGAAGGUUACCCUUAUUGCAUUGGCAUUGAGUCCACUCAUUGCCAUUGUUGGAGCUGCCAACAUGAAGGUUUCUGAUGGACAGGCAGUCUUUACUGCCACUUUGUCCGUAAUUUUCGCUGCGAUGGGUGUUGGUCAAAACAGUACUUUCAUGCCAGAUAUGGCUAAAGCUAAACUGGCUGGUGCUGGUAUAUUCGACAUUCUUUAA